AUGAAUGACGAAAGUAAGACCACUCUCUCCGAUGUUCUGGCGGUAUACGUUGAUCCAAGGGUACCAGCUGCUUCUCCGGGGUCAGCACUUGGUAUUACAAUUGGCGAGGCUUUGGAGGCAACUGCUUAUUCUGCUACAGGAGACAAGCCUGUCGAUCAGAGCGACGCUGCCGCUAUCAAAGCAGUAGAGGUGAGAGCUCCUCGUAGUAACGAGACACCUUCCACUGGAAUUGGCGCACAGGCGCAGUCAGCUGCUGAUCUUAAUACCAGGCUUAUGAAUGACGAAAGUAAGACCACUCUCUCCGAUGUUCUGGCGGUAUACGUUGAUCCAAGGGUACCAGCUGCUUCUCCGGGGUCAGCACUUGGUAUUACAAUUGGCGAGGCUUUGGAGGCAACUGCUUAUUCUACUACAGGAGACAAGCCUGUCGAUCGUAGCGACGCUGCCGCUAUCAAAGCAGUAGAGGUGAGAGCUCCUCGUAGUAACGAGACACCUUCCACUGGAAUUGGCGCACAGGCGCAGUCAGCUGCUGAUCUUAAUACCAGGCUUAUGAAUGACGAAAGUAAGACCACUCUCUCCGAUGUUCUGGCGGACGCCACCACCAAGUUGCCUAGGGACAAUAAUGAUACUGAAGGUAUGAUCGGAGCGGAGUUAAGAAACAAACCUGACGUGAUGAGAACCACGCCAGGUGGGGUUGCAGCAUCCAUGGCAGCUGCAGCUAGGCUUAAUCACCAUAAUUUUACUUAUAUCUGUGGAUUUGCGAGUGUGUGGAGUAGCUGCCUAUGUAUAUUGCAGAACGUCAAUCCAAUAAGAAAUCCGAGUAGUGAACUCUUGUCCUAGAUGAGGUUUUACUUUUAUCUGUAAUGUAUCUAAGCUAUGUAUCUCCAUAUCUAAACAAUGAUCUUCUAUUUUG